UUUAAAUGAGGAAGAAGCGGGAGAGGUUGUCGUGGAAACCAACUUUAUGUACUCAGUUUUUCAUUCAGAGUACUUCUCACACCUUCUGGGAUUCUCGACUGAAUUUAAAACCAGUCACCGAUACAAGCACACUUGGAAGAUUUAUUCUAUUUAACCACAGCUGAGACACAAAAUAUCGGAUUCAUUUCUAGCUUCUAUUAGCAUUGCAAGCUAACCUAACCUGGUUAGCAAGAUAACUAGCUAACGCUAGUUGAUAAACGUCUAAGAUUACUUAAGGUUUGAUAGCUAGCUAGCAAAGUUAUGUUGACUAUUCAUUUAUAGCCACUGCGGAUGGAGCUGGUCUUCUAACGAAGCUGGUUAACAAUGUCCUGUCGCCAGUGAGAAGUAGCUAACGUACUAGCAUGCCGAAUGACAGGCAGGAGUGACGUGAAUGUGGGACCUGCGUUGGCAGGCAAAUUUAAAACAACCACGUUAGCUACCUUGCUGGUUAAGAAGUUUCUUUGUGUGGUUUAGGUUUGCUUUUUUUUCUAAACAUGUUUAAUAAAUUCUAUGAAUGGAUUGGAACUGGAAUAGCACAUCUUCGCAACGGAGUACCGGCUGGCGGUGAUCACCCCGGCGCCGUUAGAGUUCAUCAAGACGGAUCUUCUCGGAGAAAAAGACCUUUAGACUGUUUGGAAGAUGGGGAUGGAAUUGAUAAGAAGGAGGACCGAGGUGUCAAGAAAUUUAGAAUGGGAGAUUUUAUGGACACAGUGAAGAAUGCCGCUGAAGGAAUGAAGAACCAUGGCUCCAACAUGGCAUCUUGGGUGUGCAGCAGCGUUAGUCCCACUUUGAGGAGCAUGCUCCCAGCUUCCCCUAGCCCACCUCCAACGAAUCCAGCACUUCCACCUGUAACUGAUGCAUCACCUUGUGUGUGGACAGAAAACAAGUUUGUUGAAAGAUCCCCUGGAACAUUUGAAGACACAUUUGUGGUUCCCUCCGCUGCUGUAGAGUGGAAGUCCAUCAUUAAGUCAGACUCUUUAAGGACUGAGCAGUCUGUGACUAUUUCGAAGGUCGAUAGGCAACCGGUCUGUGCAAACCGUCCACUCGAUGAGCAGCAAACCAAUGGCCACUCUGUCAGCAUGACCUAUGCUUGUGCUGUUAAACCCUGCCCUUUGCCCCGACUCGGCCGAUACGUGUACCAUAGACCACACAGAUCUCCCAGGUCCGGCUCUCUACCCCCUGGGUCUAGCAAACCUCUUUCACCAAGCAUGUAUGAGAAGAGCUUUCCUAUCCGGGUGGUGCGAAGUCCUUCACACGGCAGCUCGGGCCGUCAGUGCCGAGUUCGGACUCGGUGCACUGCACAAGAGUCAGUGCGUGAGGAGGAGAAGGAGGUGUACAGGCAGCUGCUGGCCGUGGUGUCUGGUCGCCACUCGUCAUUCUAUCCACGAUGGCAGCUCUCCUCAGGCAUUCGAUCGCACAGGGAUUUUUUCCUGACGUCUAGCCGCAGGCUGCUGAGGUGCGCCUCCCCAGCAUGCUCACGUAAGCGGGCGAGUCCCUCCUUCAACCUGUCCAGCCUUCCCCCAAGUCCACACACCUUGAGCACCCUGCCCAGCCCUGGGCCGCUCUCCAACGGCCCUGAGCCCCAGACCUGGGCCCAUGAUGGCGACGGCGAGCCAGACUCGGGGAGAUCAGCGGCAGCUGUUGGCUCUAUGCCCUCACCAGGUGCUCUUCAGGAUGCUUCCUCUCAGGACACCCAGUCAUCAGCUCAUGAUGGAGACUCUGUCAUUUUUGUGAAGGAGCAGCAGGGCACAAGCCCAGAGAGCUCCAGCGUGCCAUGUUUCCAAGCUGAACUUGGAUCAAAGAACUGUGAGUCCUCUAUGACUUUUCGUGCUCGAGAGAGGCGGAGGCUAAUUGAAGAACAAGAAGCUCUGGCAUCUCACUCUUGCGCCAGGUGAGUUCAGAUCCUCCGUUACCUCGUUGUCUGGUGAGGGUCAGCUGGUCCAGCUGGUGUAGAGCUAAACGUGCGUGUUCCACUGGAAAAGGAGGUUCCUGUGGCGCCUGUUGCCGAGCAGUCAGACAGUACUGCAGAGGAGCAAGAGUUCCCUGAGAUGACCGAGGCUAUGGAGAAGGAGGUGAGCAGAGCUCUGCGAGCAGGCAGCCAAGAUGAUGUGCUCAGUGAGGGCUUCCGCCUCACCAUCACUCGUAAAGACUUGCAGACACUCAGCAACCUAAACUGGCUCAACCCCACAGUGAUAAACUUCUACAUGAACCUACUGGUGGAGCGCAGCAAGGCGCAGCACCUGCCCUCCGUCUACACCUUCAACACCUUCUUCUUCCCCAAGCUGCGCAGUUCUGGCUACUCAGCCGUGCGCCGCUGGACCAAGAAGGUGGACAUCUUCUCCGUGGACAUCGUCCUAGUGCCUGUCCACCUGGGGGUGCACUGGUGCCUCUCUGUGGUGGAUUUCCGCAAAAAGAACAUCACAUAUUUUGACUCCAUGGGAGGAAGCAAUGAUGAGGCAUGUAGGAUUUUGCUAGGUUAUUUGAAGCAAGAAAAUAAAGACAAGCAAGGCCAAGACCUGGAUACCUCAGACUGGACUCUUCAAAGUAAAAAAACGCAGUGAGAUCCUCAGCAAAUGAAUGGUAGUGACUGUGGAAUGUUCACAUGCAAAUAUGCUGAAUACAUCACCAAAGACAAGCCAAUCACAUUUACGCAGAAACAUAUGCCGUAUUUCCGGAGGCGAAUGGUCUGGGAGAUCUUGAACCAGAGACUUCUGUGAUGAGGGAACCUUGUACUGAGGAUUCACCUUGGUAUGUCAUGGGGAAAAUGAGGACUGCAAUGUUCUGGCUGUACCACAGGAUUCAGCCCAGCUAGGAACAGACAGAAAUUAUGCCUUUUGCAUGUCCACGGCUGGUGCGCCGUUUUACUGGUGCUCAGCUCACUGCCACUGGACUGAUGGCUCAAACUUGAAGGAUAUUGUCUCCCGUAAGAAGCCCUACCGUUUCCCUCUAUCUGCUACAUACUUCAAUAAUUCAAACAUGCUUUUUCAAUCUCAGCCAUAAUUCCUCUGCAACAUUUUAAUGUCAGAGUUAAUUUUCUUCUGCCAGUGCCAUCCAUGAUGGUUGUUUAAAAAAAAAAAUCCCCCAUUUUUCUUAAUUCAGACCAGUCAUUUCAACUCUUAUAUGAAAUCAAUAAUUGUUAGUUUCUAAUGUUUGGGGGGUUUUUGUUUGUUUUUUAAUGUAUUCGCAUUAAAAUAUCUCAAACUUGUAUUCUGCAAAAAGACUGCCUGUGUGGGACCAAUAACUGUUUGCUAUCAAACAGUCAUCUAAAUCUGACAAUCUUUAAGCUUUUGUAAACUGUCAAAAGGUAGGGCAAAAAAAAAACCCAAAAAAACCCUGCAGAACAAGCAUCAUACCAGAAAUCAUAUUUUGGAUAUCCAUACCUUUUUGUAGUAUACAGAGCAUUUCUGAGCGUGUUUUCCACUCAUUGCACUCUACUGAUUGCAUUCAGACCCCUUUUCUCAAAAGGGCUAUUGUUUUUAUGUGGCGCAGUUUUGACUUUAGUAUUUCUAUUUUAAUAAAGGCAACUUUCGUUUGACAUCGCUGCACACUAAAUAACCAAGAAAGGCCUGUAGGUUAUUUUUGUUGCAUGAUGAGAUGGCCUGAGCAGGUGAAUUGGUAUAUCUGUAGAUAUAUAGUCCAGCAGGAUUCCAGUCCUGUGAAGUUACGGCAGUUCAACUUGUGCAUUACUCCCCAUGCAGACCAGCAGUGAUAGCGUCCUCCCUUUUUAUAUUGACACCUGAGGACACACCUCUCUCUUUAUGUAAGUAAUACUAUAUUUAGAAACUAGCAAUUCUUUUUAGAUUUGCUCCCAUUAUAUUGUACAUAUAUUGUCUGAACAAUUUAAUUGAAGACAUAUUUAAUACACAUUUUGUACCUUUUUUAUUAUGGUUUUGUAUGUAGAUCUAGUCAUCCCUGGAAAUAAACCUCUGACACUGUAAAA